CAAGCGAGUGCGCCGGCGUUCAAGGGUAAUCCGAAACCUUCGACUUUUCGACACCCCACGACCCUCACCCUUUCGACAAAACCCAUUCUCAGUCGACAAGAAUAAUCCAAGAUGGGUAAAGGAAAGCCCCGUGGUCUCAACGCCGCCCGCAAGCUCGAGGCGCACCGCAAGGAGCAGCGCUGGGCCGAUCUCCACUUCAAGAAGCGCCUGCUCGGCACUGCCUUCAAGUCCUCUCCCUUCGGUGGUGCUUCCCACGCCAAGGGUAUCGUCCUCGAGAAGGUCGGUGUUGAGGCCAAGCAGCCCAACUCCGCUAUUCGCAAGUGUGUCAAGGUCCAGCUCAUCAAGAACGGCAAGAAGGUCGCUGCUUUCGUCCCCAAUGACGGUUGCUUGAACUUCAUCGACGAGAACGACGAGGUUCUCCUGGCCGGUUUCGGUCGUAAGGGCAAGGCCAAGGGUGAUAUUCCCGGUGUCCGUUUCAAGGUCGUCAAGGUCUCCGGUGUCGGUCUCGCCGCUCUGUGGAAGGAGAAGAAGGAGAAGCCCCGCUCUUAAACGGAGAGCUCCAUCAAAAUCAAAAUGUGGUGGACGAACGGGGGAGGGGAAUGGAG